CUCCCAGACGAUUCGAUGUUGCAUGCGAGUGUUAAGGAAGACGUCGACGAAAUAAGGAUUGUUUGUCCGGAAAAGCCGUACACACAACUAUCCACAAACUCGCAGACCUCAGCGAGACGGCAGGAAAUCAUCAAAAUGACCGAACAACUCAUCGAAGCCAUCAACACGGGCGAUUUCGAAGCUUACACGAAAAUUUGCGAUCCUCAUCUAACGGCCUUCGAACCUGAGGCCAUGGGUAACUUGGUGGAAGGCAUGGACUUCCAUAAAUUCUAUUUCGAUAAUGUAUUAAAGACUUGUAAAACGGUGAACACCACUAUUUUGAACCCUCACGUGCAUCUGCUCGGUGAAGAUUCCGCUUGCAUUGCAUACGUUCGACUGACCCAGUACAUGGAUAAACAUGGUCAGGCCCACACCCAUCAGUCGGAGGAGAGCAGAGUCUGGCACAAGAGGGACAACAAGUGGCAGAACGUGCAUUUCCACAGGAGCGGAGGAUCAGGGGGGCCGGCGUUCGGCUUCAGCUCGCAUAAAUAAGGGAACGCCGCCGUCAGCAGCCACCGCCACCCUCUCAACCUUUAGAUAGAUACGCAUAUUUAAAGUAAAACAAAAACAAACAAAAAAAAAUCAACAAACACACAACACACCAAAAA